CAGAUUGAAUUCUCAAGUUGCUGUGAAUGGACGUUCAUUUUUUUAAACGCAAGAAACGGAGUGUGAAAUAUUAAAAUAAUUUAAAAUAAUUCAAAUUAAAUUUUUUUGAGUGAAUUCGGAUCAUAAAUCAUAAAAGGAUCAUACAUAAGCUGUAUAAAGUGAACUUAAUUAAAAAAUAAAAUUAAAUUAAAUUAAAAAAAAUUAAAUUAAAAAUGUGGAAGAUUUUAUUUUACGUUGCAAUGUUGCAAAUUAUUUUUGCUGCAAAAACUGGUGAAAUACCUGAAUACAUCAAACAAUGUCGAAGAAAUGAUCCACAGCUAAUCGAUUGCUUUAAAAACUCCUUGGAGCAUCUUAAACCAUAUUUGGCACGCGGUAUACCAGAAAUUGAGCUGCCUUCAGUGGAACCGUUCAAAAUGGAUACAUUGUCACUACAGUUAACCGAUGGUCCACAAGGCUAUAAGAUUACCUUGAAGAAUAUGGAGGUAUUCGGUGCUAGCAACUUUCAAGUUAAGUCACUGAAACUGAGUGAAAAUGGAGAACCGUUCACAGCACGUAUAUUUAUACCAAAAUUGAAGAUUGAAGCCAAAUAUACCAGCUCCGGUGUAUUAUUGAUCAUACCCGCCUCAGGUGGUGGCGAUUUCCAUGCUAUGUUUGAGGGCGCUGUUGCUGAUCUAACUGGCAAGGUUUCAGCACAAGAGAAAUCAGACGGUACUUAUAUGCAUGUAGACUCUCUCAGUCUGGUACUUGAUGUUAAGAAGGUCGAUAUGAGCAUUUCUCGAGCUUUUAACAACAAUAGAAUCUUACUUGAAGCUACAAAUCUAUUUUUGCGUGAAAAUGGUAUGAUUGUCUUGGAAGCUAUGCAGUCACAAUUACAAAAGAAGUUGGCACUUGAAUUCGGAAAAUUGGCCAAUCAAUUACUUAAAAAUGUUCCUAGAGAAAAGUUCUAUGUAGAUUAAAUGUGAAAAUUAAUUAUAUUUGUAUACGAUUUUAUGCUACUUUUAGUAAAUUUAAGUAUUCUGUAAAUAUUUUUAAUGUUAAGUUUAAAUUAUUUUUCCAUUCUAUGUGGUAAAUUUGAAAUUCUCAUAACAUAAAAUGAAAAUAAAAUUUAUUAAAAAAUU